AGCAAAUAGUUUUUAUUAGAAUUCCGAUUGUAGACUUCAGUUAUCACGGUCAAUGUCGUUUUAAAUGUUGUGUAGUUUUCUUCUUAUCAGCGAAUAAAUUAUAAAUUUAUUUGAUAAAUCAUAAAUGACACAGGCAACCUCUUGGAAUAAUAAUUGUUUUUUCGUUUUAUUAGACAAUUUCGUCGCCAGUUUGAGUUCGUCCUAGAUACUGAAGUUGGCCAGUGAAAGUGGUUGGCGCGCAUCAUAAAAUUUUAAAAAUGAAUUCGUGUACAAGAAUGUGGAAGAUAUGGAAUGGGCUUACCAGAACUUUACCCAAACCUAUAAAAAAAUAUCCUUUACCUAAGCUGUGCAGUAGCAUGAGCACCAAUGCAUCAAUACCAGAGUACAAACGAGAAAUGGAGACAUUUCAAGACGUUUAUCCUAGUAUUAUUGAGACUAUAAGCAAAAAUCCAGGCCUUUAUGAUAACCCAGAUGUUGAUGCAUGGAUAAAAAGGUUAUUGGACUACAACUUGCACGGUGGUAAAAAAGCCCGGGGCUUGGCUACUAUAUUUGCAUACGAGAUACUUGAAAAGCCAGAAAAUAUCACUGAGGAAUCUCUUCGCUUAGUAAGAGUUCUGGGAUGGUGUGUAGAAAUGCUACAAGCAUACUUCCUGAUAAUGGACGAUAUUAUGGACGCGUCGUUAACUCGAAGGGGAGUUCCAUGUUGGUACCGUCUGCCCGAGGUCGGUCUGGGCGCUAUCAACGAUUGCAAUUUAGUUCAGGCCGCUAUGUACAUUGUAUUAAAGGAAUAUUGUGAAAAAUUACCUACUUAUAACAAUAUUGUGCAUCUGUUUAAUGAGACGUUAUUCUAUACGGCUAUAGGCCAGCACUUGGACUUUACAAUGGCACACAGAGUGAAAAGCGAUUACAGUCUGUUCACACCCGAACGGUACAGUGCUAUCGUGACAUAUAAAACCGCGUAUUACACCUUCAAAUUGCCGGUCUUUUUGGGAAUGCUUGUGACGGAUAAUGUACCACAACACACGCAUCAGACGGCCGAGAAGAUAUGUUUGGAUUUGGGCUAUUUAUUUCAAAUGCAGGACGACUAUAUAGACUGUUUCGGUGCUGAGCACCUAACAGGGAAAGCAGGAACCGAUAUACAAGAAGGGAAAUGCUCAUGGCUGGCCGUUCAAGCUUUGCAACGGUUAUCUGAACCGCAGCGCAAAGUGUUCAUAGCGUGCUAUGGAAGCCACGAACCAGCCCACGUCGAACGAAUAAAACGACUCUACCAAGAACUUGGUUUACCAGAACUAUACCGUCGAGAGGAAAAACAACGAUACGAUGCGAUAGUAAAGCUCUCGCAAACAUUCCUUCCUGAUUCAGGGAAUAUGCCCGAUUUGUUCAUGAAACUGUUAGCACUAACUUAUAAUAGAAAGAAAUAAUUUUGCAUUUUUGAAACUACCCUCAGUUACCGCCUACAUUGGCAUAGUAUUGUUGUCAUCGUUUUCGGAUACUUACAUAAUCAAAAGAAAUAUAUAGACGAAAAUUUUGAAACAUCAAUACUAUGCCCUAUAAAAAACUUAUUUAUGACCCAAUCUAAAUGAUAAAGCACGGGACUGAAGUGAACCUGAAUAUAUUUUUUUAAUUUCAAAUCAUUUGGAACCUUCCUAGUCCCAUAAAAAUUGAUUAAAAAAAAUAUAAAAAAGACUUAUAUUUAAAAAUAGAGUUUAUUUUUUAUUUGUGAAGAAUUUUUAAACUACCCUCAAGUAUAAUUUAUAAAGUAGAAUAUUUAAAUUCUUAUGGCUUGUUUAACUUGAUGUAAUUGGCAAAUUUUGUCAUAUUUACUAAUAUUCAAAUAUAAUUUCAUGAUUAGAUGUUACAAAAAUUGUUGUUCUGAAAUAAUUUAAUAAUUUAUAAACUUUGUUGUAUUACCAUUUUUCAUUAGCGUUUAAGCUCGUAUUCUAAAACGUUAAUAACACUUAGCUAACCAUGAUCGGUGGAGCAAGACAUUUCCAUUGUAAAAUAUACCUUAAUUCAAAACAAUAAGAACGAUAUUAGAAAGGACCUUAAGUCACAAUCCUGCUAUAGUGGUCAUGGUAUAGGCAAGAAACAUUUUGACAGCACAUGUCUUACAUACGUUUAAGAAUACGAGUCUAUUGGUGCUGGGCUUAAGAUAUAAUAUUGGAUACAAAGAAAAAUUAUAGAGAUUGUAAUUAAAGACAUUUUAUUUUC